AUGGAAGAAAAAACCCGAAAUUGGAGACUAACAGUCGUCGUCUUCGUAGCGGCAGUAACAGCACCUCAGAGCAAUGAUUCUGCUUACUUUCUUCUCUUCAGUUUGGCGAGUGGAGACAGCAGCUUCAUCCUCGUAAUCCCUCUCGAUUUCACCACAGGAGCUUUUAUUUUGAGCCGUCGAAUAAAAGUAAAUGGUAAUCUUGCACGCUCUCAACAGAGGUGCAGCUCUUUUUGCCCGCCGUUUGCUGCAGCCCCAAAGCUCCGAUAUUUUCACCUAUAUAUGCACGAAUCACCUGAUCGGGUAAAAAAACCAACACCGGACAAAGAACGAAGGCAGGACCCGACUAACGUUUUAAAAAAAUGGGGUUGCACGGAGAUCGACAUCUCUAGAAUUUUCGAGCGGCGCCCGUCUCUCCGUAAAACCGAUAUUCACGUCCUUCAAUCCAAGCUCCAAAUCCUCUCCGAACUAGGCAUCGAAUGCAGUGACCUCGUGAAGAUGAUCCACUGCAGGCCCCGCCUUCUCAACUGGAAGAUCAACAUCAUGCUCAACGAGCGCGUCGAGUAUCUCGAAUCCCUGUUCGGCUCCCGGCAGGUCCUCGCCAAAGCUCUUGUCCGAAACCCUUCACUACUCACUUAUGACUUUCAUAACAAGAUGAAACCGGCUGUUGCCAUGUAUGAGUCCUUGGGCCUUAGCAGAGAAGACUUGAUGUUCAUGCUCUUGUCACGGCCUACUUUGAUCCCUCGCACCACAUUUGACGAAGAAAAGAUAGAGUGCAUUCGCAAAACCGGGGUCUCAAAAGACUCGAAAAUGUACAAACACGUAGUAUCCUUAUUAGGCAUAUCCCGAAUCGAGACCAUUAGGGAAAAAGUUGUGAAUUUGGAGAAGUACGGGCUUCCGGAGGAUAAGGUUUACGGGCUCAUUGGGCGGUCCCCUUUCUGGUUAACUUUGUCUGUUGAUAAUGUCCAACGGCACAUGACUUUUAUACUGGCCACCAUGAAGCUUCCGGCAAGUGUCUUGCUUCAGAGCCCGUUCUUGUUGUAUCUUAGUUUGGAGAGUGUGUUGAGACCACGAUUCAGGGUCGCAUGUAAGAUAGAGGAUAUGGGUCUUUCUCCUGAGGUUAAAGGGCCGUCGCUGUUGAGGGCAGUGAGGAUGUCCGAAAAAAGGUUCAUCUCGGCUUUUAUUACCUGUCACCCGGAGAGUGUGGUUGAAGAGUUGAUGGCAGAGUAUAGAAAUGCAAAAUGUGUUGGGCGGCUAGCAGAGUCUUCAAAGAAGGUGUCAAAUAAAGGGUUUCCCUUCUGA